AUGGACAAAUUACAACAGAUUCUGAUACCCAGCUCGGAGCUUGUACCCUACGAGGGCCAUCAGCUACCUUACUCCAGGUGCUGGAUAUACGAUUUACCGGUGGAGACCGCGAAGAAGGCGAAUCGUUCCGAUACCAGUUGGCCUAUGAAGAAGUGCAGCGACUGGGAGUACAAACUCUCUGCGAAUGACGUGCCUUAUAUGUCCUAUGCGUCUGAACAGAAUUGGGUUUGCGAACAGGCGUACAAAGUAACGUUCGCCCAAAGUAUCUUCUUCGUGGGUUCGAUCUUCGGAGGCCUGAUCCUCGGAUGGUUGGCCGACAAGUAUGGUCGAGUGCCGGUGUUAGUGAUCUCGAAUUUGAUAGCCUUGAUCGGCAGCAUCAGCACGAUAUUCACGAAGAAAUUCUGGCAAUUCUGCGCGUGCAGAUUUAUCGUAGGUAUGGCGUACGACAACAUAUUCGUGAUCGCUUAUAUACUCGUUCUGGAGUACGUCGGACCGAAAUGGCGCACGUUCGCAGCUAACAUGUCCUACGGGAUAUUUUUUACCCUCGGGGCGAUAAGCGUACCUUGGAUCGCCUAUGAGAUCGCCAAUUGGAGAUUGUUCGCUAUAGUGACGGCUGCUCCGUUCGCUAUCGUGAUCAUUGCACCCUUCACUAUUCCCGAAAGCAUCAGGUGGUUGAUCAGCGUGGGGCAAAUUAAAAAGGCGACGAAAAUCAUCCGCAGAAUAGAGAAGGUAAACAAGGUAAAAAUACCCGAAGACGUCUACGAGGAGUUCAUCGACGACUGCACCAAAACCGCGGAAGCUGCGUCCACCGAAGUCCACACGUUGAUGGAUUUGUUCAAGACUAGACGACUGAGGAGGUUCAUGAUACUGCUGCUGCUCUCCUGGGGUAUCGUUCAGAUGUCCUACGACGGUCACAUCCGUAGUCUAACGACUCUAGGCGUAGACGUGUUCACAACCUUCACCAUCGCCUCGGCCACCGAGUUCCCGGCCGAGAUUCUGAUCACCUACACCCUGGACAUCCUAGGACGAAGGUGGAUGCUGUUCGGCUCGGUGUUCCUCUCGGGUCUGUUCAGCCUAAUGGCGGCCACCGUCUCCAUAGGCCUCACGUUCGCCACCCUGGCUAUAUGUGCUCGAUUCUUCAUCAACAUCGCCUGGAACAUCGAGCUGCAAUACGCCGCGGAGUUGCUGCCGACAGUGGUCCGAGGCGAAGGAAUUGCUUUCAUACACGUGAUGGGGUACGUCACCUCCAUUCUGGGUCCUGUUAUCGCCUUCUCCAGCAGGAUAAUGUACAAUUUGCCGAUGAUCAUUCUGGGAGUCUCUUGCAUUUUCGCCGCGGCGUUGUGUCUGUUCCUACCGGAAACGCUGAUGGAGCAGCUGCCGCAGACUAUUAUGGAUGGCGAAUUUUUCGGCAUCGACCAAUCGUUCUGGGACACACCGUUCACGAAGAAGAAACAUUUGGAACCCGUAGGACAUCACAUGCACGCGAAACGUCCGUUCUUCCGACCUGAACCCAUGCGCAGCAGCAUGGUUUCCGGUUACUUGGGCAACAGAAAGCGACUCGCCGCUGUAAAAGCACGGGCGAGCCAGAUACACCUUCCGUCGGGUCAAGGCAAACAGAAUAAGAACGAAGGAAAUCGAAAGAAAUCUGAGAAUGGCUCGUCACUCGACACGACUAAUGGACCCAUAAUGACCGUGGUGCCAGGAACACCCAUAGUCGUCAUCCACCCGGAACAUGGGGAACCUUCAAGACAUUUCGUGGGUCAAUCGGGACCCAUGAAACACUGUAUUGUGUAA